UCGUCUUCGUCUUCGUCUUCGUCUUCGUCUUCGUCUUCGUCUUCGUCUUCGUCUUCGUCUUCGUCUUCGUCUUCGUCUUCGUCUUCGUCUUCGUCUUCGUCUUCGUCUUCGUCUUCGUCUUCGUCUUCGUCUUCGUCUUCGUCUUCGUCUUCGUCUUCGUCUUCGUCUUCGUCUUCGUCUUCGUCUUCGUCUUCGUCUUCGUCUUCGUCUUCGUCUUCGUCUUCGUCUUCGUCUUCGUCUUCGUCUUCGUCUUCGUCUUCGUCUUCGUCUUCGUCUUCGUCUUCGUCUUCGUCUUCGUCUUCGUCUUCGUCUUCGUCUUCGUCUUCGUCUUCGUCUUCGUCUUCGUCUUCGUCUUCGUCUUCGUCUUCGUCUUCGUCUUCGUCUUCGUCUUCGUCUUCGUCUUCGUCUUCGUCUUCGUCUUCGUCUUCGUCUUCGUCUUCGUCUUCGUCUUCGUCUUCGUCUUCGUCUUCGUCUUCGUCUUCGUCUUCGUCUUCGUCUUCGUCUUCGUCUUCGUCUUCGUCUUCGUCUUCGUCUUCGUCUUCGUCUUCGUCUUCGUCUUCGUCUUCGUCUUCGUCUUCGUCU